AUGGCCACCAACAACCAGAAGCUGUCCCUCACUGGGACCUACUCAUCUCCUAGCAAUGCGCCUUUCACCACCACCCACGAUCUGCAGGCGCCCGCAUCCGGCACGGUUAACCCGACCGUCGCAGACAAGACCAAGUACCUGAGCGACCUGCGCAAAGCCACGGCAGCAAUGCAGGACCAGAUCAACAAGGAGCUCACCCAGCGGAUGGAAGAGGACAAGGCUAGGGAGGCCGGCAAGAACGGCAAGGUCGCGGCCGAUGACGCGAAGGAGGAAGAAAAUUAUGGCGAGGAGGUGCAAGAAGAGGAUUGA